AUGCGCCCUGGAGUCCUGGAGAGACAGCAUAAUGCAUUCCAGUGUGCUGGCCACAAACACCAUAAACACCAUCUGUGCACACUCCAUCACAUUCAGCAAUCUGUCGGACGAGGGAGUCACGCAGUCGGUGUUGCCUUUGAUCCCACUGUCUGGGAUGCCGGAAGCCACUACGCUAAUAAAAGUGACUGCUUCAAGAUCGAAGGAACGGCUUGUUUGUAUCCAGAUGUUACAUGUACUAUAGAAGUAACUGGUCGCGGCCCACACACGAGGUCUGAAACAAUCGAACAGUAUUUUGACAACGAACGCCGGUCUGGAGGUGGUUAUGUCAGAGAAUGUAGACAGGAAGGUGACAAGUUUUUUGUUACCUUUGAAAACCAAGAUGGAGUCCGUGAAGCUCUCACAGAUCAAAAGAAACAUUUGAUAAGUUUUGGAGAAGAAUUUGAGGUGCAAUUGGAAGUCUCUGCAUGUCCUCGCGAAAUGGAAGCAAGAUACUUAAGAACAUGUGCCACAGAAGGGGCAGAUGACGUAUCUACUUCUAAUGUACAAACAGACUCAUUAAUGUCACAUUAUAAUAUUAACCUACCACUGGAAGGAAGGACGUUAAAACCAGGCUGGAAUGUACAAUCAGAAAACAAGGGCAGUUUCAGUAAAAAAGAAAUAGUUGAUGUAUUUGAUGACGAAACUAAUUACACCAUAGAAGUGACUGGUUGUGACCCAGACACUAGUCCAAAAACAAUAGAGCUGUACUUUGAUAACGAACGUCGAUCUGGUGGUGGCGAUGUCAGCGAAUGUCGACAGGAAGGUGACAAGUUUUUCGUGACUUUUGAAAAUGUGGAUGUUGUGAGACGUGUAUUGGAACAACCCACCCAUUUUAUGAAAAAUACAACACUUUUGGUAAAACAAGCAGCAAGAACUUACAUGAGCACUGUUGAAAACGUUGAAGGAACGGCUUGUUUGCCUGCAGAUGUCUCAUGUUGUACUAUAGAAGUAACUGGUAGCGGCCAACACGUGAGGUCUGAAACAAUCGAACAGUAUUUUGACAACGAACGCCGGUCUGGAGGUGGUGAUGUCAGAGAAUGUAGACAGGAAGGUGACAAGUUUUUUGUUACCUUUGAAAACCAUGAUGCUAUGAGAAGAGUUUUGAAAAGUUCCACACAUGUUAUUGAAGACACCAUAUUAAUGGUACGAAAAGCAACAAUAGAUACAGAAGAACAAUUUGAUGAUAGUAAUUAUACUAUAGAAGUGUCUGGUUGUGACUCGGACACAGAAUCAGAAACAAUAGAAUUGUAUUUUGACAACAAACGUCGUUCUGGAGGUGGUCACGUCAAUGAAUGUCGACAGGAAGGUGACAAGUUUUUUGUGACAUUUGAAAACAAAAAAGCUUUAAUGAGAGUUUUGGAAAAUACAACUCAUGUUGUUAACAGAAGAAAGUUGAUGGUGCGAAAAGCAAAACCAGAUACAAAAUCUAGACGACUGCAAACUGGUGGAAAAGCUCGAGAAAUGCCUGUUGACACUAAUUAUACGAUAGAGGUGUCUGGUUGUGAUCCGGAUACUAAGACGGAAACUGUAGAAUUGUAUUUUGACAACGAACGCCGGUCUAGAGGUGGUGGUGUCACAGAAUGUAGACAGAAAGGUUACAAGUUUUUUGUUACCUUUGAAAACCAAGAUGUUAUGGUAAGAGUUUUGGAAAACCCCAAACAUGUUAUUAACAGCAAAAGAGUACAGGUGCGAAAAGCAAAAAUGAAAGAUAUUGACAGUUUUCAAGAUGUAUCGAGUGAUGAAGAUCUCUUUGAAGACUGUAGACUAGAAGUUACAGGAUUCAAAUCCGACACAAGUAUCGAAUUGUUGGAACUUUACUUUGAAAGCAAGAGAAGAUCAGGCGGAGGAAGUUUAAUUAGCAUUGACAAAGAUAAUCCAGAAAAAAUGACUCUAACCUUUGAAAGCUAUGAAGUGGAGUGUGAUCAACUCAAACAAGCUACUUAUGGUUGCUGUGUUGCAAAUCCUAAACUUAAGAAAGCAGGAGCUAAAAGACGAAAUCAAAAACGAAAUCGUCGUAAUCCGGACAAAUUUGAUUCACAUUUUCAAAAGAUUGUCCAGAAAGUUAGUGAACGUUCACUGAAUGGUGCCACACUUGUGGUGAAACCGGUGACUGUAACUGACAGUAUUCUGAUUCUAAAUCUACCAGAAAAUAUCACUAAAGACAAAAUUGAAUUGUAUUUUGAGAAUCAGAAAAAAAGUGGUGGUGGUGAUGUAGAAGAAGUUACACUAGAUCAUGAAAAACAUGUUUCUGUGGUGUACUUCGAAGACUAUCAAGUUGUUAAAUCGGUAAUUUCAAGACAACAUGUUAUAAAUGGAGUUGAACUUGACGUCCAACCUUAUUACGAAUAUCUUGGAUUUACUGUCUCCAGUGAUGGCCCUUUGCCAAGAAUACCACAACCACUUCCAUACGAAGUAAAUCCUGAUCUCAUCAAAUUUAUUAUGGAUACUUACCAAGAAGAGUUUACAAACACCAUGAAAGGAAUAGAGAGUGUAGUCAACGAAAAUGAAGAUAAAAUACAGAAAGCAAGGGAGAGAAUCACCGAGAAAAUCAAAGUAAAUGCCCUUCAAGCAAGACAGCUAUUGAUGUGCAAAUACAGAAAUCUGGUACACGACAAAUUCUCUGAAGUAGAUGUCGCGAUUGUUCCUGAAACAAAUACAUUGUCUUUGGCAGGGCUUCCUCAUGAUAUAACAAAAGCAAGAAUAUUAAUGUACGAGACAUUGGGAGGUUUAUCAACUAUAAAGAUGAAACCACCAAAUACAUUAUGGUUGCAGUAUCUUAAAAAUAGUAAAGUCUCUAAACGUGUACACAACUACUUUAGUUCUGUAAAGAUAGAUGCAUGUUAUCUUUUACAAGACGAUGAGAUUGUAUUCUCAGCCAUUGACAAAGCCACUCUCAACAAAGCUGUUGACAUUAUUAAAACUGACAUAAAGGAAGUCAGAAUAGACAUAAAACCGGAGUCAGAGGCAGCUUUACAGCAAAUUGAAUGGAAGACCAUGGUAUCAGAUCUGGAAGAAAGAAAGAAUGUCACUAUUUCAAAAGAGCACAAUAGUGUGUUGAUUAUUUGCUUUAAGACUGAUGUGGAUAUGGUCAUGUGUGAGCUAAACACGUUCAUUCGAGCGCACACCACCAUUGAAGAUAUCGUAGAAGCAGAAAAUGGCAAACUACGCUACAUUUCUGAAUACAAAAAGGAUGACAUUAUCGAAAUACAGAUUACGUCCAGGGUCAAAAUCAUGCCACAAUACAAUGGUCCAAUGGUUGGAUUUCUUUUGAAAGGUACUAAAAAUGAUGUUAAGACAGCAAGAGCGAAGGUUCAAAAACUAAUUGAUGAUAUUCAUGGAUAUCAUCAUCAAGUGGACAAACCUGGCGUGCCAAAACUUUUCAAGGAAGAAAAGGGAAAGUAUAUCAUUAAGAUAGUGGAAAACGAGAUAAACUGCAAAAUAGACAUAAAUGACCCAUCUGAAAUUGAAAUAAAAGGCGCUGGGGAAAAGGCAAGGAACCACAUUGAAGAAUUUGUGUGCCAGAAUGCAAUCCAUGGCGGUAGAAGCAUUGUAGUAAGCAAAGGAGAUUUAACAAAAAUGGAUGUUGAUGUAGUUGUCAACCCUGCAAACACAUCUCUGAGUUAUACAGGUGGAUUAUCUAAAGCAAUUGCAGAAGCAGGUGGACCUGCAAUAAAACAAGAAUCUGAAACUAUUUUAAGGGAACAGUAUGGAGUAGUGCAUUCAGGCCAAGUAGUGCAUACGACUAGUGGUAAGAUGCCAUGUAAAAGAAUCAUUCAUGCUGUUGGACCAUCAUCAAACAAAGUAACGCAUCAAAGUCGGAACUCACCAGUAUGGGAUCUAUAUUCUCAAGAAGAAAAUUUGCUUACAGAUGCAGUGCAGAACAGUCUGGCUCUGGCCGAAGAGUUGGGAUACAGCUCAAUAGGCAUACCAGCAAUCAGUUCAGGGACAUUGGGAUUUCCCCUUGACAUGUGCACAAAAACCAUUGUCAGUGCUGUUGAUGACUGGGCUGAAAACACUCAACCAGGUAUAUUAGUGGAGAUACGCUUGGUGGAUAUCUCUGACAAGACUUGUGAGAGUUUUAAGAAUGCUAUGUUAAAACAUUUUGGAGAGGAUAAAUUCACCCUGACAGCAGAUGAUACUAGUACUCCUUCACCUUUAGGUCAUCGCCAUAAAAGGAAAAUACAUGGUGGAAGAUUAAAUAGAAUAGGGCAGCAAGCAGAAGAUAUUAAAACAGCACGAAAUAUUCGAACCACACACGUGGGAUUGUCAAGUCACGGUAUCCAGGUCACAUCAAACAAAGGAGAAAUUAGCGUAAGAGGGGGGAAGACAGUUCGUUUGGUUAAGGGAAGUAUAUCUGCAGAGAAGGUUGAUGUAAUUGUGAACACAACUCGACCAACUUUGGAUCUCGACACUGGUGCUGUUUCUAAAUCCAUCUUACAAGCAGCGGGAGUACAGUUACAGCAAGAAAUUAAUAAUAAAACAACGAGUGGUGUGUCUACAAACGAAGGGGAUAUUAUUAUAACCAGUGGCGGAAACACACAAUCAGCACAGAGUGACUAUAAAUCCAUUGCUUUCCCCGCUAUUGGUACUGGUGGUUUAGGAUUUCCAGGAGAUGCGACUGCUAAAAUUAUGUAUGAAGAAGUCAUUGCAUACAUCAAUGCCAAUCCUUCAAGCUCUGUUUCUGAUAUACGCUUUGUGGUGUAUGACUUUCUAGCAAUACAGGCAUUUGAAGAUGAAAUAGGGAGAUGGAAUAGUUAUGGAGGUGGUAGCUUUAGUCCGAUGAAACAGCACAAGAAAAAAGAAGGAUUCAUUCAUUCUGGGCAUCAAAGAUUACAAGGCGCCUCGGGUUACAAUCAAGAGAAGUCCGUAUUCAUGCAAUUUAAGGAGAAAUCUAGGAAUAAUGGUGACUGUCAGAUGGUGAUUGGUAAAAUAUUGGUGCAGUUACAGGAAGGAGAUAUAACAAAUGAAACCACUGAAGCUAUAGUUAACAGCAGCAAUCGCGACCUUGACCUCAAACUUGGUGCAGUAUCUCAAGCUAUUUUGAAAAAAGGAGGACAAUCCAUUGUGACAGAAUGUCAGAAUCUAGGUCGACAGCCGGCCGAUACUGUCGUCAUGACUGGUGCUGGAUAUUUGAAAUGUAAUAAGAUACUUCAUAUGAUAUCACCAUACACAAAAUUAGAAGAUAGUGUUAUUAAGAUGUUAAAAUUUGCUGAGAUACACAAACUGAAAUCGAUUGCCAUACCUGCAGUUGGAGCAGGAAUUCUUGAGCUUGCUCCCAAAAACGUUGCUCAUGAUAUCUUGAAUGCCAUUAGUGAGUUUGUACAGCAAUGCAAUCCGCGAUUCCUGGAAGUCAUUCGGAUCACGAUAUUUCAGUCACCUCUGGUUGCAAUAUUCAACGAUGAAAUGAAGAGUAUGAUUGGUACCCCUAUGAAGCAUACUAGAGGGAUACUUGGUAGAGCACGGGGAGUAUUAAAAUAUAUUUUUGGAGGUUCUGAUAACUCUGCCAGAGUCAAGAUGAUUGAUACUAUUAUUCUACACAUAUAUGCUGAUAGCCAGGAUGUUAUCAAAAACGCUAUUACCAAAAUCGAUGAAUUAGUGGGAUUGGAAUACAUUGACACUACUAUCACAAAAGAAACAGUAAAGAAGCUCACAAAUGAAGAUAUGUCUGAAAUAAACAAAGUAGCUGAACCACUUGAGGUUAAUGUUCAGAAAAUAAAUACUGGACGUGUCGAGCGGCUAGCAAUACAAGGAGUCUCACAAUCUGUCAUGCAUGUGCACAAUUUUGUUAAUGUAAUACUAGAUCGUAUCAGUGCCGAGGAAGGAAGAAAGCGAGAAGCAAUGCUUCUUGCCAAAAAUGUCACGUGGAAGUUUCAUACUAAUAGUGGAGAUUUUGAAGCAUAUGAAGAUGAAAUCUGUGGAAUAAUUGAACAGGCAAGACAUUCUGGGAAUCCCCACGUAGAUUUCGAAAUUGAAAGACGCACAUACAGAAUUAUUUUCAAAGAAAUGAUUGAGGUGGAUCUAGACGAUUUAUCUACUGGGGAAGUCAAAAGAGAAUUGAAAGAAGGCGGCGUACCACUGCCAUCAAGUUGGACCACAAUGGCCGAUAAUGAAACUGUGAAAGUGGAAUAUAUAUCUGCCACUUCUAAUGAAUACCAAACUGUCGAGAAACGAUUCAAAACUUUGCUUUGGGGAACUAACAGCAAUGUAAUAAAGAUUGAACGUGUACAGAACCCAAGAUUAUAUCGACAAUAUAUGAUCCUUAAACAAGACAUGGAUGCUAAGAAUCCAGCGGGAACAGACAAUGAAAGAAUUUUAUAUCAUGGUACAAAAGGUGACAGUGUUGAUAAAAUUAACCAUGAUGGUUUUAACAGAAGUUUUUGUGGUAAAAAUGCCACUGUGUAUGGUGAAGGGAGCUACUUUGCUCUCGACUCCAAGUACUCUGCAAGGAGCACAUACUCACCAGUUGAUUCCAACGGUCAAAAGCACGUCUACCAGUGUAAAGUAUUAACUGGUGUAUUCACUGUUGGUCAUGAAAGCCUUGUUAUACCACCAUAUAAGAAUCCAAAUAAAUCAUACGAUCGGUAUGACAGUGUUGUGGAUGAUGAGAAGAAUCCUAAAAUUUUUGUUGUUUUUAAUGAUGCUAUGGCCUAUCCUGAGUAUAAUAUCACUUUUAAAUAA